GAAGGGAGGCUGAGUCUACAUGGGAAGUGGGAAGGUGCAGCUGGAAUGUUGCCUGAAGCUUCAAUCCGGAGCAGCACAACACACACAGAGAGAGCGAGAGCGAAGCGGUGUGACCGCGCUGGAAUAAACGGAGAACGCAGCAUUGGUCAGAACAAAAGCGGCAGGAUUCGUCGAUGAAGAAGCGAAGAAUUUCCCCCCCGCCGCUCCGCUGACAUGAGAAGAGACCGGCUCCUGGUGGCCGUCACUCUGGUCACUCUUUUGGCUGCAGACGUCCAUUUCAUCCUGCUUCCCCGACUCAGAAGCUGGUAUCACCUGCCCGGAGAAAGCUGCUCGUGCUCCAACCGCAGCCUGGAGAGCGUCCCGUGGCCCGCCGGCCGGAAUAUGAGCGCGGCCCCCACCGAGAGGGGCUCCAAGCUGGAGCGGCUCUUCAGACACCCGCUCUAUAACAUCCGUCUCCCAGAGCUGGGGCCCGAGGAGCGGCUGCUGGACGAAGACGAGCUCAAGAACUACUGCAAGAGGAAAGUGAGCCGCUGGGAGAGACUGAAGAAGUUCUACAUCGAGGCGGCCGCCGCUUCAAACAUCACUAUCCCCGAUCACCCCGUGACCUUUGACCCCGAGGCCAGCUGGCUGCGGUUCCACCUCGGGAUCAAUCGCUACGGGCUGUAUUCAAGAGACGACAGCAGCGUCGACAGACUCCUGCGAGACAUGCAGACGGCCACCGUCAUCAGCGCAGAUUUCACUCAGGACGAGAAAGCGCUGAAGGGAGCGUGCGACUGCUCGCAAGUGGUUAAACCCAGCGGCCUUCACCUGAAGUUGGCCAUGAAACUCCAAGACUUCGGCAAAGCUAUGUUUAAGCCGAUGAGACAGGAGCGGCACGAGGAGACCCCGGAGAACUUCUUCUACUUUGUCGACUUCCAGAGGCACAACGCCGAGAUCGCAGCUUUCCACCUCGACAGAGUGCUGGACUUUCGGAGAGUUCCUCCGGUGGCGGGACGCUUUGUUAACGUGACGGGGGAGAUACUGUACAUUACACACAACGAGGAGCUGCGCAGUGUUUUCUUCACCUCUCCAGCCAACAACACGUGCUUCUUCGCCAAGUGUUUGUACGUCUGUAAGUCUGAGUACGCUGUGUGCGGUCACCCGGAUCUGCUGGAGGGCUCCAUGUCUGCUUAUCUGCCGGGCUUGAGCAUCGCCCCACGGAUCUCCAUCCCAAACCCCUGGAUCCGUGCCUACAGCUUCACCGGAAGAGAGGAGUGGGAGGUCAACCCUUUAUACUGCGAUAACGUCAAGAAACUAUAUCCCUACAACUCUGGGAACAGACUCCUCAACAUUAUUGACAUGGCAGUGUUUGACUUCCUCACAGGAAACAUGGACAGGCACCAUUAUGAAAUUUUCACCAAGUUUGGAGACGACGGUUUCCUGCUCCACUUAGACAACGCCAGAGGGUUCGGCCGGCAUUCUCACGACGAGGCGUCCAUCCUCGCUCCUCUGACGCAGUGCUGCACGAUCAAGCGCUCCACGCUCUUCAGACUGAAGCUUCUGGCUCGGCCCGAGUACCGUCUGAGCGACGUCAUGAGGGAGUCCCUGUCCAGAGACCCGCUCACGCCCGUCCUGACCGAGGACCACCUGCAGGCCUUGGACCGCCGGCUGGGACAGGUGCUCCGGACGGUGGGGAAGUGUGUGAAGAAGCUGGGAGAAACACAGGUGGUCAUCACAGACUUUGUAGAGUCGCCCAGAGUAACUACUAGACACCCGGGAGGAAGCAACAGGUGACAGAACCGGAAGAGACGGGACUUUAUGACAAACAUCAGACCCUCUAGUCCAAAAUCACGGCAUCUGAAGACGUCUGGAGGUAUUUGUGUUUCUGAUGAAUGCUCUGGGGCUGUGUGGUAUUGUUCAUCAGUUUUCAUCAGAAUGACGGCGGUUAUAAUUACGAGACAGAUUGAUGGCAAAGGGUGAAAAUUAUGAGACGAAAAGUCUAAACUAUGAGAUAAUUAUUGAGUUAAAGUUGCUAAAAAAAUUAUUAUGAUAACUCAUCAUAAAUAUGAGAUAGACGUCAGUUCUAAAAAGUAUUGUUUGUCGUGACGAUGAUUCAGUUUCUAACUGUAACGACAACUUAGUAUCUAUAUAAUAAUAUUAAUAUGGCUUGUGUCAUCAUAAUUGAUUGGCUAUAAAGGGCUACUUUUAUAACUAAAUUAAAUAUCACAUUUAAAAAACAUCCUGUACGUUUCUGAACUCAAAACUUUUUCCGUAGUCCUAAAAGAGUUUAUUUCGAAGGCAGUCUGUCGUUUUAAAACAACAGCUCUCCUCUGUGAUGUCACAGUGUGGAUAAACCCCGCCCCCGCAGGACCAGAUUAGCACCGCCUACCGAUCAUGAGUCAUAACUACGAGCUAAAAAGUCUACAUCAAAACAAUGAAAUAAAAAGUCAAUUCUGAAAAGCA